GGGCCUGCUUCUGUCGGCAUGCGGGUGGCAGGUGGCAGCCAGCAGCAGCUAAACAGCUUGUUUGUCCUAUUGGACUGACCGGUGCAGGAUCUGCGGCCGGCCAGCGCCCCCCUCAGUUGUAAUGGGAGGUGACUAAUCCUGGCCAUCAGAUUAGGGAGGCACUGAGUGUAGCUGACAGGCGGCAGAGUGCAAUGGAGAAGCGGACCGGAGGCGGAGCUGUUGGGAGAGUCUGGGACUAGAGCUUGCAGGGACAGUUUGGAUCCGGCAGCAUCAGAGGACUCAGCAGUUAAUGGUGGGAGGCUGUCAGAGACGCUAUCCAGAUGGGGUGCAAUUGCUGUAGAAUGCUGAACAGUUAUAUGUUCAAGCCGCAAGAGCCACAAACAAAUGGAUAUGUGAACGAAGCGCACAGCCUUGAACAUGAUCAUUCCACGUCACCCACCAUAAAGAUCAGCGAACUGAAGAAUGAAGGGCACGGUGUAACAGAACAGGACAGGUUCUCUGGCUCCCCUGAUAUAUACAAUGUGCCAGAAAAGAACAAUGCUAAGCCAGACAAUGUUGACUCCAGGGAACCAGUGAGUUUUUCCUCAAAUGCAUUUUUAAAUAUUAACUUCACUGGAGACAUAAAGCAAGUUGAUCAUCCGUCCCGUUCCAACACCGACCUCCAGACCAAAAGUCCUUCUCAUCAACAUGACAUGGACCAACACUCCAACCUCAAGCGAAAUUCAGAUGAACCGGAAUGUAUUCAACAUGAGCUGUGCGAACCAAUGGAAGAAAACAAUUCUCUUACGGAAAGUGCAAUACUGGAGGCUGCAAGCAGCCAAUUAACUUUACAAACCUCCAACCCCAGUAUGUCUUCAGUUUUGAAUGGGCCUGGAAAGAAAAACUGGUUAUUGGAUGCCAACACAGAGCCUCCUGAUAAAAAUAACCUAGGAUCCAGUUCCUCUUUGGCAGAGGAAGCGACAUCAGGGAGUUCAGGGGAACCUUCCUUGGUAGCUCUCAUGAUUAAGAGAACUAUAGCACGGAAUUCAAACAAAGGUUUAGUAGGUGCACAUGGGGUACAUUUGGAAGAUGAUAUGGAUCCUGAUGUGGCUGAAGCACUGGCAGCGUUGGCUGCUGCAAUAGCCGGGGAGGAACUGGAAGACAGUUACUCAGAUUUUGAGUGGUAGCGGUUAGGCACUUUGCAGACAAAGCAGACUUUCUUCAAGGACUUUCACAGAAGACCACAUUAUCUCAGGACAAUGAUUUUACUUCUUUUGGAAUGAGUUUUGGCUGGACAGGACUAGCAUUUCUAGAAAGAAGCGAAUGAAACAAAACGAGAAGUCUUUUAUCAUUAAAAGUACAUGUUGAUGUUUUUUUCUAAAGCACUGUUAAUAUGUUAAUAUAUUUUCAACUUUUUAAAAAUGUCUUAGUGUGAUAUAGUGAAUGCCACUGGUUGGUAGUCACAGACUUUGCUUGAUUUCAUUUAAAUUCUCAGUAAUGAUGUUAAUAUUUAUUGGAAUGAAUUUGAAAAAUUAUAUAAUCCAUCCAGCCACACCUUUAACCAUUUAUGAGCUGCAAUAUCUGCAGGCCCGCAAGGCUUUUUUUAAGUGCGCAUAUUUGCUCGCCAAGUGUAUUGUACCUAUUCAUGGUCUUUGGCAACUCCUCCAUAGAAACAAUCUAUAUGUAACUUU